GAUAACAGCGCACCGAUUGUGCCGUAUAGCCUGUUAAUGACGACAUUCUGUCGCGACACACAAAGUGGUUAGCUAGCAAACACGUUAGCUGAAGCUUUCCGCUGAGAAGCUAGCUGCGUGACUAGCUCGCCAGCUAGCUAUAUUAGACGACGUUGAAAAUGGCUUCUUCUAUUUGGAAGGGUUUAGUCGGUAUUGGUCUUUUUGCUUUGGCCCAUGCAGCUUUCUCAGCGGCACAACAUCGAUCGUACAUGCGACUCACAGAGAAGGAGAAUGAAACACUUCCAAUAGACAUAGUCCUGCAGACAUUGUUAGCAUUUAUAAUGACCUGUUAUGGCAUAGUCCACAUUGCGGGAGAGUUCAAAGAAAUGGAUGCCUCAUCAGAGCUCAAGAACAAGUCAUUCGACACGUUAAAGAAUCAUCCCUCUUUCUAUGUAUUCAACCACCGAGGCAGGGUGCUGUUCUGUCCCCCCGACCAGGAGCCCCCCUGUAGGUCGGGCCCAGAGUCCCUGCCCUCCAACCCCCUGAGGCUGCGCAAGCUGGAGCCCUCGCGUCACUGAGGCCGGCCUCUCUGGGGCCUUUUUCCCUCCCCUGGUUGUUUUUCUUCCUUUUUCCAUGAACAGACGAGCUCAUUGGUUGGAAGGGGGGAGAAAAGCUUUUAAGAAGCAAAGAAGCCCUUUUUUUUCUUCUUUUCUAUUUAUGAUACAUAAUUCAUUUUGCAUUCAGUUUUCAUCACAACAGUAACAGCAUUUUUCACUCUUUGGACUGUGCCAACUCCUUUGGUUUAUAGGUUGAUUUACUUGUAAAUAAAUGCCAAUGCUUGGAAGUCCUAAGGAUUUUGCCUAUGCAGCCACCCUUAGUUCAAACAAGUUUGCCACAGGUGCAAUUUGCAUCAGCAAGUAAGACUGCAAACCUUUGUCAUGUCCAAAAUUUCAAAUGCAUUGCUGCCUCUGUAAAAUAUUAUUUUUAACUUUAGAAUUAUAAAUUUAAUGUAUAUGCAUUCAGACAUUUAAAAUGCUUUCUGGAAAAUAAAGACUUCACCAAAACAUCAGCGCUAAUAGUCGACACAAGGAAGAGCAGUAGCAGAACCCUUAAUAUACAAUCAAACUCUUCCUGGAUUUUCCUUUUACAUUGUCAAACUUUGCUGCCUAUUGGGUUUUAAAUAUUCCUGUCUGCAGCUGUUUCUGGCUGAACUGUUGCCCCCCCCCCUCUCUGUGCACUCCAAUGUACACAAGGACUCGGUUUAUAAACCGAGAGCCAUUUUUACUCUGGUCAUAUUUAUAGUGAUCUCCCUGAGGGAAAUGGAGCUGGUAUAGGCCUCUUAUGCAGGUUUGUUAUGAUAAUUGUUUAUACAUUUGGACAUGGGUUAUGGUAAAGUUAUUUUGCUAAUUAUGCUGUGAACAUGGAGGUGUUGAACCUCACUUGAUACAUUUUCCUGGAAUGAUAUAGUUUUCCUUUUUUAUGUUAUGUAAAAUGCAACAGAUGGGUUUGUAACUAAAUAAAUUUAAGCUUUAUGAUGA